AUGCUGCUGGACGCGGGGCCGCAGUUCCCGGCGCUGGGCGUGGGCACCUUCGCGCGGCCCGCGCCUCCCUCGGCGGCCGAGAUGCAGGAGCGCGAGCUGAGCCUGCAGAACAGCUUCGUGGACGCGGCAGCGGCGGCGCACCUGGGCGCCUUCAAGCUCAACGCGGCGGCGGCGGCGGCGGCGGCGGCGCACGAGCUCUCCCCGGGCCAGGGCUCGGCCUUCAGCUCGCAGGCGCCCGCCUACCCGCACGCCGCCCAUGUGGGCUCCUACUCCGCGCCGCCCUUCAACUCGCCGCGGGACUUCCUCUUCCGCGGCCGCGGCUUCGGCGAGGCGGCGGCGGGCGGCGGGCAGCACGGACUCUUCGGCGCGGCGGCGGCGGCGGGCGGCAGCCUGCACCACCACGCGCACGCCGAGGCGCAGGGCCACCUGCUCUUCCCGGGCCUCGGCGAGCAGCACGGCGCGCCCGGCUCGCCCAACGUGCUCAACGGGCAGAUGCGGCUGGGCCUGCCCGGGGAGGUCUUCGGCCGCUCGGAGCAGUACCGGCAGGUGUCCAGCCCCAGGACCGACCCCUACGCCGCGGCCCAGCUGCACGGCCAGUACGGCCCCAUGAACAUGGGCAUGAACAUGGCGGCGCACCAUGCCCACCACCCGCACGCCCACCCGCACGCCCACCACCACCACCACCACCACCACCACCCGGGCGCCUUCUUCCGCUACAUGCGCCAGCAGUGCAUCAAGCAGGAGCUCAUCUGCAAGUGGAUCGACCCCGAGCAGCUCAGCAGCCCCAAGAAGAGCUGCAACAAAACUUUCAGCACCAUGCACGAGCUGGUCACCCACGUCUCGGUGGAGCACGUCGGCGGGCCGGAGCAAAGCAACCACAUCUGCUUCUGGGAGGAGUGCCCGCGCGAGGGCAAGCCCUUCAAGGCCAAGUACAAGCUGGUCAACCACAUCCGCGUGCACACCGGCGAGAAGCCCUUCCCCUGCCCCUUCCCCGGCUGCGGCAAGGUCUUCGCCCGCUCCGAGAACCUCAAGAUCCACAAGCGGACGCACACAGGCGAGAAGCCCUUCCAGUGUGAAUUCGAAGGCUGCGACAGACGCUUCGCCAACAGCAGCGACCGAAAGAAGCACAUGCACGUCCACACUUCGGACAAGCCCUACCUGUGCAAGAUGUGCGACAAGUCCUACACGCACCCCAGUUCUCUGCGGAAACACAUGAAGGUCCACGAGUCUUCCCCGCAAGGAUCCGAGUCCUCUCCGGCGGCCAGCUCCGGCUACGAAUCCUCCACCCCUCCCGGCUUGGUGUCCCCCAGCGCGGAAAGCCAAAGCGCGGCGGCCACUAACUUGUCCCCGGCCGCGGCGGCCGCGGCUGCAGCGGCGGCGGCGGCGGCGGUGUCUGCGGUGCACCGGAGCGGCGGCGGGGCCGGCAGCAGCAGCGGCGGGGGUGGCGGCGGCGGGGGCGGCGGCGGCGGGGGCAGCGCCAGCCACAGCGGCCUGGCCUCCAACUUCAACGAAUGGUACGUCUGA